AACCAACCAAGACAAAUGUGUUUACCUCCAGGAUGGGGUCCUGCCUCCCUUUGCUUCAGAGCAGCACCGGUACGGGAACAACUAAGUGAACGCAAGUGCUUGAUCCACACCACGAGACAGAACAGCGAUUCGGGGGCUUCUGUCCCUCUGGCGGACGGACGAGCUGUGAUCCUGGGUCGAGGUCCAGAGAGCGGUGUCACUGACAGAAAGUGUUCCAGGCACCAGGUUAAAUUGGUGGCAUGUUACGAGAGAAAAGAUGUACUCAUCACCCAGCUGGGCCCUAACCCCUGUUUCCUGGACAGCGAGAAGCUGGUCAGAGGACAAUCAGGAAAGCUCUCCCAGGGAGGCACCCUCUUCUUGGUUAACCAGAGCCAUCCAUUUAAACUCCAUUACAAUUUAAGCUCCAAUGGAAGCAUCUCUAGCGGUGCACUGGGAAGUCUGAAAGCAAGCGAUAAGACCAAAGGAGCAAGGGAUGGAAAAGGGAAAGAGACGCCAACAAGCUUCGGACCCAAACGUAGUAUCAAAGAUUUCUUUGGCUCCUCUCCUGUGAAGAGGUCGCUGAGCCCGGACGGGGGAUACAAUGACAUGAAGCGCCAGAGGAGAGAUGAGGCAGAUUCCGACACCUGGGGAACAACUGAGAGACGUGAGGAGGAGAGUGUGGCAGAGGAGAAAUUGAGGAAGCUGCAGAAGAUGGCAGAGAAAGCCACGGUGGGGAGCAGCCCCAAUGGCCCCCUGGCGGCAUCUGCAUCAACGCCUUCAUUGUCUUCCUCGGUUUGUCCAAAGAGCCACUGGCAGCAGAUUGGGAACCUGCUGCUCUACACUGCUGCCGGGGUCAGGGGCAGAGAGAAGAUUGCUGGGUUUGAUAUAGAUGGCUGUAUCAUCACUACCAAGUCUGGCAAAGUAUUUCCUACGGCACCAGAUGACUGGAGGAUUCUUUUCUCUGAGAUUCAGCCCAGGCUGGCUAGCUUGCUGCAAAAAGGACACAAGGUGGUUUUCUUCACAAACCAGAUGGGGAUCGCCAGAGGCAAACUGAACCCUAAUGUCUUUAAAUCCAAAGUGGAGGACAUCCUCAGUAGCCUUCAGUUGCCUGUUCAGGUGUUUGUUGCGACUGGUCCAGGAAUCUUCCGUAAGCCAGUAACUGGGAUGUGGACACACCUGUGUGAAAAGGCCAACAGUGGCGUGACUGUCGAUCAAUGUCAAAGUUUUUAUGUCGGAGAUGCAGCGGGUCGCCCGGUGAACUGGGCUCCAGGCAAAAAGAAGAAGGACUUCUCCUGCAGCGAUCGAUUGUUUGCUCUAAACCUUGGGCUCCAGUUCCACACGCCAGAAGAGUACUUCCUACGAUGGAAGAGCGCCCCCUACAGCCUGCCUGAACUGGACCCUAGGAAGUUGGACUCCAGGGGGCGGCUGUACGACCCCCCCAGCGCCUCCCUCACCACCGACCAGACGGAGGUCAUUGUGGCUGUAGGCUUCCCUGCGUCUGGGAAAUCCACCUUCUUUCACACCCAUGUUGUUCCAAAGGGCUAUGUUUACAUUAACAGGGACACACUUGGUUCGUGGCAGAGCUGUGUGACUGCAUGUGAGCGGGCUCUGAGAGAGGGCCGAAGUGCUGCCGUUGACAACACCAACCCGGACCCAGAGUCGCGCAAAAGAUACAUAGAUGUGGCCAAAGCAUCGGGUGUCCCAUGCCGCUGUUUUCACUUCUCGGCAUCACUGGAGCAGGCCAAGCACAAUAACAGAUUUCGUGAGAUGGCCCCAUCAGAUGUCAAACACGUCAAGGUCAACGACAUGAUCUUCCAUAGCUACAAGAAACACCACGUGGCUCCAGAUCUCUCCGAGGGCUUCUCCGAGAUCCUUCAGAUCCACUUUGUCCCCGACUUCAAAGACAGCAAAUCAGAAAGCCUGUUCAGACUGUUUUCUGAAGGCUAAUUGAAAGGUUGGCCCUACAUGAGCCCUGGAUCUCUACGACUGUUCUUCAACCAUGAGAGUGCUACACAUGGUAUCAACAAGAUGUGAUGAUGUUGCUGUUCACUAAAAAGCAAUGCUUAAUACAAGCACCGGUAUGUUAACAACCGUUUUUCCGUCUUUUUCAACCAAAUGUGAGUUGGUUGAACAAAAAAACGUUUUUUGUUGUUCAUUCAUUUACAUGAAAAGUUAACAAGAAGAUGAUCUACCAGAACCUUUUGUUAACCAGGACUUCAGUGUGUUGAUGUGGACCAGAACUGUCUGUCCUGGGAAAAAGCAUUUGUAUUAUUUUAUGAAAAUAAAGACCUCAUUUUGGACAAUU